UCUCAAUCUCCUCCAAAUUGCUCUCUGGGUGUGAAUCUAGGGUUGGGCUAACUCCGGCCAAGAUGGUGCAUCAAUCUCGGCCAUUAAUCCGGCGGCUACCGGACCCUAUACUAACCGGUGAUCGAUCACGGCUGGCCGACGCCACCCCAACACAGGUGAACUCGCCGGAACGUAACUCCCAGUCGCCUAAAGUUUGGAGGAAGCUCGAGCCCGACGGUGUCGGACUAGCCAUCGUGGCGGCCCUCGAGAGGACCCGCGGCGGGAGUCCCGCUAACGUGGUCGUUAGCACGGCCACGUCGCCGAUCGCGAUCACUCCGUCGAGGACUAGCCGGCGUAGAGGGUGUCCGGAGGUAUCUGAACUGUGCUCCAGCGGUGGAAGUUGUGAAAAAGGGAAAGGCGGUGGAGAUUUAGGAGAGCGGGUGAUGGAUUUCUAUUGCGAGUCCCUGUCGCCGCCGACGCCCGGAGAAUUUGGGGGGUUUCAGGUGGCUGAUUUCCUUAGCCACUGCCACCUGUGUAGGAAGAGACUCCAUGGAAAGGAUAUCUACAUGUAUAGAGGAGAGAAGGCGUUCUGUAGCAUGGAGUGCAGAUACCAGCAGAUCGUCAGUGACGAGUACCAGGAAAACUGUGGGUCAGAAGCCACGAGACCGACCGAGAUAUCGAGCUCGCCGUACUCCGGUGACCGGAUCUUCUCUCCGGGCAUCGUUGUGUCGUGAAGGUGGAAUCAAAUGAAGGCAUCAGAGAGCUUGGAGCUGCAGGAAAUCACACCAUGUUUACACAUGAUGAUAUUAAUUAGCAUGAGAACAGUGUAAUCUGUUGCGUAAGAGAAAUUUUGAUAGUUAUGAUCACAAACUAAAUCCCAGUUUUUCC